AGACAACACAUCAGACGCUUUAUGGGAAGACCAGACGGGAGACAAAAACAAACCUGUAUCUUACAACAUUUAACGUUCUUCAACAUAAAGUCAGAACUAUCAUUUUCUUUCGGCGUUGUUGAUUUUUAAACUGUCGAGAAUGCCUUUUCUAGGACAGGAUUGGCGGUCCCCGGGUCAGAGCUGGGUUAAAACUGAAGAAGGAUGGAAAAACUAUUCUUUAGACGACAAAAACAGCAAUGACUCAGACGUGAGCUAUUGCAAAACAGAGGACGAUUGCUUCCAGGAGAAUCUGCGGCUGUCUGUUACAUACGACAUGGCAGCCAAGAAGAGAAGGAAAGACUUCAUGAACAACAACGCAAAGAUUCCCUAUUUCCACAAAGAGAAAUGGAUUUACGUUCACAAAGGAAGCACUAAAGAGCGUCAUGGUUACUGCACUCUGGGAGAAGCGUUCAACCGGCUGGACUUCUGCAGUGCCAUCAAGGACAACCGGAGGUUCAACUAUGUCGUACGGCUGCUGGAGCUCAUUGCCAAGUCCCAGCUGCCCUCGCUCAGCGGAGUGGCUCAGAAAAAUUACAUGAACAUCCUGGAGAGAGUGGUGCAUAAAGUCCUCGGUGACCAGCAGAAUGUUCGGCCCAUCAAGGAGCUCCUUCAGACCCUGUACGUGUCUCUGUGUGGUCUGGUGCAGGAUAUGGGGAAGUCUGUUCUGGUGGGGAACAUCAACUGUUGGGUCCAUCGCAUGGAGAACAUCCUGCAGUGGCAACAACAGCUGGACAACAUUCAGAUCAACAGGCCUGUGUCUAAGGGUAUGACCCUAACAGACCUGCCUGCCAGCCUGCAGCUGAACAUCAUGGAGCGUCUGUCAGAUGGCAGGGACCUGGUCAGUUUGGGACAGGUGACUCCAGACCUGGGACAACUCACUGAGGACAGGCUGCUGUGGAAGAGGCUCUGCCAGUACCACUUCACUGACAGACAGAUCCGUAAGCGUCUGAUGGUGUCAGACAAGGGCCAGUUGGAGUGGAAGAAGAUGUACUUUAAGCUGUGUCGCUGCUACCCUGUCAGAGAGCAAUACAGUGAAACCCUGCAGUUCUGCACACACUGCCACAUCCUCUUCUGGAAGGAUACAAACCACCCUUGCACAGCCAACAACACAGAGAGCUGCUGUAAACCUGUUUCUCCACAAGGCUUUAUCAACCUCUUCAAGUUCUGAGAGCCACACAGGAGCCCGAGUGACUUUUGUACAUACGGUACAGAACCGUUUUAUAGUGCGAUCAAAUGGAUUCAAACAGGCCCUUAGUAUGUGUAUAGUGGUGAUGGUGCAUUUGAUUCCUGGUCACCGUGACACUGGGGGAGAGGAAGCAGUGGGGAAAUGAUGCAAUCGAAUUAUUGGUUUUCUGGAGAGCUGAGGAUUCUGGGAGCUGGAGUUCUACAGCUGAGAACAAGCGAACUUGACAAACUGAUCAAAGAGAGGUGGAACAAGAAGAGGGGGAUGAGGUGGAACAGAGUACUCUGAAGUGUAUUAAAUAAGUUUGGUCCUUUUUAAAAUUCAAAUUAAGUGCACUUCUCUUCCUGAGUGCAGUUAUUGCAUGGCUACCAUAACAGCAUACUAAGUUGAAACAUUUUCCAGAAAGGAAAUAAUUUGCAAAAGUGAAUUUGUUUAGUUUUUAAAUAGGGCUGUCAAACGAUUCAAAUAAUUAAUAGAGUUAAUAGCAUUAGUAAUAUUUUUUUUUUUAUUUGAUUAAAUUUGGCCCUAAAAAAUAUAUAUAUAAUUUUAAAAAGCAGUGCGUUGAGUUAUAGACAUACUAUGUUUUGAAUUGUAAGGGCAAGAGACAAAAUCACCUGUAUGAAUGUUUUUAAUGGCAUUUUAAACUAUAAACGGCUAACAUAGAUGUUAACGCUCCCACUGUUUCAGUCGGCCUCUACUCCCUCUUAUCAAUGCUCUUGAAGUUUAACACUUCCUCAUUUGCCACACACACACUCACGUCCUGAAAGCUUCAGGCAUUCUAAAUGAGUGUUCUCCCAAUUUCUGAUUGGAGUGUCGACUAUAAGGAAAAUAGAACUGUAUCCAUGGAGACAGAGAUUUUAAACAUGUCCAAUUAACAACCGAUCAGACAGGUCUGAGGUCUUGUCAAAUAUAAUACAACUAUUAGAUCUAGCCUAGGAUACUGAUCCAUGUUCUUCAACACCAACUAGUCACAAGCUGCUACUAGAAUUGGGAUAUUUUUCUUAACUUAACCUGAAAACUAAAACGGUAACGUUAGGUAAAUGGGAUGGAUUUAAUGUUUUUGUGGGAAGUUAGCUAGCUGGUUGAUUCCAGAUGCAAUCAGGGCAAUGCAUUGUAAACAUUUUAGUUUGGUUAGCUAGCUAGCGUUAGCAUAAGUAAGCUAACCGCUUUUGUACAAAUUUAUGUUUUUGCUGUUAUCUAAAGAAACGCCUGGGAAUGUGUUUAUGGUUGAACUUCAUGUCAGUUUUCCUUUUAACUGUUGUUCAAAGCUAUACGCGUCGUGCACCACAAGAGCCCGACAGCGCUACUGAGACCGAGGUCACACUGACUGAGGUGACCAGGCACAGAGCGUGUUGUGUGUUGCGCUUAAAACGGUCCGUGCGGAAACGAGCGCUCAGAGGGUUCCGUGUGAUGAAGAAAGGAGACUAACGGUGUCCAAUUUCGUUUUUACGGAAUUACAAAUGUCACGCGUUAUUUAACGAGUUAACUUUGACAGCCCUAGUUUUAAAACAUAAUGGCUUUCAUUUUCUAAAAGGAAAAUAUAUUAACUGAUUUGAAGUUUGUAAGUAGUUUGGUUCAAUUUCAAGGACAAAAACAUUUUCAAUGUUUUUAUGCAUUUGACUUUUUUGGUAAUCUGGGAAAAGGUGAGAGAAUCUGGCUUUAGAUUUGGCGGUGGGGGGGGGGGGGGGGGGGGGAGAAUGUAAAUUUUUUUUACUAAGGUGUUUUUCACCAAAGUUGACUGGUAUGAUAUUCUUUGAUAUGUUGACUGCAUAUAAUUUUCUAAACACAACCCCAUCCCCUUUUUUUCACUUUUAUAUAUUUGAUAUUUACAAAGGUUUUUGUAUUUUGCUUGUGUGUCGUCACUAGCUGUCAAUGCUUUACUGACCAUAUUACAAACACACUGAAUAAUAAUAAUAAUAGCUAUGGUGGUGUGCCCAAGAGCAGCUGGUUAAGAACAAAAGUGGGAUGUUUUCAGAUUCUUGUGUUUUUUAAACUUUUUAAUCUAGGAGACAUUUAUUUACAAGAAGAACUUGACAUGGUACUGAAGGAGCAGCUUUGAAAACCAAUAUAUUUUUAAAAGCUUAAAGGACUUCUUUUUAUUUAAUAAUUCAUAACUUGUUUAUUUAUGGCUUCCUGCAUGAUGCUGCUUUUUAAAAAAUACUCAGAUGUUUUUCUAAAUGAUUUGUGUGUCUGACAUAUUGAAUAACCUGUAUUGAUGGGUAGAGGAAGCAUGAUGGAACAGCCUAUGUUGAUGGGUAGAGGAAGCAUGAUGGAACAGCCUAUGUUGGUGGGUAGAGGAAGUAUGAUGGAACAGCCUGUGUUGAUAGGUAGAGGAAGUAUGAUGGAACAGCCUGUGUUGGUGGGUAGAGGAAGCAUGAUGGAACAGCCUGUUGAGUGGUGCAAUCUUGACUCCGGUUACGUCCCAAAUGGGACCCUACCCCCUCCCUAUAUAGUGCACUAUAUGAGUCCUGAUCAAAAGUACUAGUAUUCCAUUUGGGAUGUAGUCUCAGACCCCUAUUCACACUGCCUAGGCAGUAGAGUAAUGUCCAAUACAUGCAGUGUUUUCUAUGUCCAUGUUUCUGUUCAAUAAAUAAACUGAAAAUAA